AUGAACAAUUAUCUCAGUGGACCAGAAAAAGGGCUGCAUCUUUCCCGCAAGGCAAACAAUGAAGACCUACCGAAGGCAAGGCCUCUCAGUUGGAUGGAAGACCUAACGCUACGUCGAAUGCAGAAAGCGCAUAUGAGGAACCACGAUGUCGAUGUUAGAGACGCGAAGAGCAUCGCUCCUUUUGCUGCCAAUCUUGAUACAUUAGGCCUUGUCCAAACAGAGAGCACGCAAGUGAUCAAAAUAAAGGAAAUCAGGUUCAAGGAGACCUGUUUGGACAGCGCAAUUUUGCACGUCGAGCUAGAGAAAGAUGGGUGCAGAACAUUGCGCUGGUUGGAAUUCGGAGAUUUCAACACGAUCAGAAAUGCAGACGUUCUGAAAAUUUUUAAACCUUCGUUCCCCGCCAGAAAUAAUGUGAUCAAAGUGUGCAGUGUUCAAUACGCGGAAAGCUUAUUGGAUAUAACAGAAUUAUAUGUUGAGCGGAAAGUCAACAUGGACCUGGAAAUCUGCUGGCUGGACUACAAGGAUUUCGAAAGGAUCAGUGGAGCAAGAAAGGCCCUUACGGAAUUUCGCGGGAAGAGUGCCACAUCACCAUUCAUGGAAAGGCAAGAGCAUGCCGAUCAUUAUGGUCCGGGGACAUAA